UCUGCUGAAACCCUACUCGGUCGAACCACUGCCCCACUCACGAUGGGGAAAGGGCGACCACGCGCCGUCGAGAAGGGUGCCCUAGGGCACGGCCCCGGCGGCGGCGCCACCGCCUCCUCCGUCUCCACCUCUUCUUCCGGCGUCGUCGAGGCACCUGUCUUCUACCCCACCGAGGAGGAAUUCGUCGACCCCUUGGCCUUCAUCUACAAAAUCCGGCCCCAGGCCGAACCCUUCGGCAUCUGUCGUAUCGUCCCUCCUCGGUCCUGGAAUCCCCCGUUCGCCCUCGACCGCUCCGCCUUCACCUUCCCCACCAAGUCGCAGGACAUCCAUCUCCUCCAAGCCCGGCCUCCUUCUUGCGACCCCGACACAUUCCGCCUCGAGUACGGACGCUUCCUCGAGUCCCACCUCGGCAAACGGUCAACCCGUCGGGUCGUAUUCGAGGGCGAGGAUCUCGAUCUCUGCCGUCUUUUUAAUGCCGUUAAGCGCUAUGGUGGCUAUGAUAAGGUCUGCGCGGGAAAGCUCUGGGCUGACGUCGCACGCUUCAUUCGUCCGGCAUCUAAGAUUUCCGAGUGCGCUAAGCACGUCCUCUGUCAGAUCUAUCGUGAACACCUGUACGACUUCGAGGAAUACAACAGGCGAUUGAAUCGGGGAAUUAGGAAGAACAGGAGUUCUAAGCCGUCCAUGAUGCGGAAGACUUUAGCCCAGCAGGAGGCCCCUGGUCGGAAGAGAAGAAAGAGAGGUGUGGGUUGUGAUAGAUUGAAGGAGGUAGUCAAAAAAGAGGAAUUGGAUCAGAUCUGUGAGCAAUGCAAGAGUGGUUUGCAUGGCGAAGUCAUGCUUCUAUGUGAUCGGUGUGAUAAAGGCUGGCAUUUGUACUGUUUGUCCCCGCCUCUACAAAGCAUUCCCGCGGGUAAUUGGUACUGCUUGGAGUGUGUAAAUUCUGAUAAGGACAGCUUUGGUUUUGUUCCUGGGAAGCUGUACACAGUCGAUGCUUUCAGACUGAUAGAUGAUCGAAUGAAGAGGAAGUGGUUUGGGCAGACAAUUGUCAGUCGUGUUCAGAUGGAAAAACAAUUUUGGGAGAUCGUUGAAGGUAGAGCAGGGGAAUUAGAGGUCAUGUAUGGCAAUGAUUUGGAUACUUCACUAUAUGGGAGUGGAUUUCCUCGACCAAAUGACCCCAUUCCAUCAUCAGUAGAUCCAAGUACCUGGAACCAAUAUAUAUCCAGCCCAUGGAACCUCAAUAACCUACCAAAGUUGCCAGGUUCUAUGCUUCGCUCUGUCCGUGAGAAUAUUGCUGGCGUUAUGGUUCCUUGGCUCUACAUUGGGAUGCUUUUUUCAUCCUUUUGUUGGCAUGUUGAAGAUCAUUGUUUUUACUCAAUUAAUUACCUUCAUUGGGGAGAACCAAAGUGUUGGUAUGGUGUACCUGGUAAUAAAGCAAAUGCUUUUGAAGAGGUAAUGCGUAAAGCUCUUCCAGAUCUCUUUGAGGCUCAACCAGAUUUACUUUUCCAGCUUGUCACGAUGCUUAAUCCCUCCAUCUUGCUAGAAAAUGGUGUACAAGUUUAUGGUGUUUUGCAGGAGCCUGGAAACUUUGUCAUUACUUUCCCGAGAUCUUUUCAUGGCGGUUUCAAUUUUGGUUUAAAUUGUGCUGAGGCUGUCAAUUUUGCUCCUGCUGAUUGGCUGCCUCAUGGUGGCAUUGGAUCAGAAUUAUAUCGGUUGUAUCACAAGGCUGCUGUUUUAUCCCAUGAAGAACUUCUUUGUGUUGCCAUCAAGAAUGGUUGCGAUGCCAAAGCUUUUUCCUAUCUGAAGGAAGAAAUGCAGAGGGUAUUUGAUAGAGAAAAGAAAUGUAGGGAGGAACUAUGGGUCAAUGGCAUUGUCAGGUCAUUGCAGAUGCAUCCAAAGAAACAUCCCCAUUAUGUGGGUACUGAGGAGGACCCUACUUGCGUUAUUUGUCGACAGUAUUUGUAUCUAUCGGCUGUUUCAUGCAGCUGUAGGCCAUCUACCAUUGUCUGUCUGGAGCACUGGGAACAUCUUUGUGAAUGCAAACCCAACAAACUUCGUCUCCUUUAUCGUCAUACUCUUGCGGAGCUUGGUGACUUGAUUGAUAUGGUGUCUCCUAACUCUAAAAUCUCAAAUGUGGAUGAGAUCUUACCGUUAUCGGAUGGUUUUUCUCAAGGAUGUAGAUCUUAUAAUGGCAGAUCAAGUGCCAUGACGAAGAAGGUGAAGGGCUGUGAAAUUUCCUAUUUACAACUUGCUAAAGAUUGGUUUUCUCAAUCCUGCCAUAUUUUGGAGAGUCCAUUUUCAGAUUCCACUUAUAAUAGUUCUCUAACUGAAGCUGAACAAUUUCUUUGGGCUGAUCAUGACAUGGAUCCUGUGCGUGAUAUGACAUUUAAGCUAAUUGAGGCUCAAAGAUGGGCACGUAAUUUAAAUAGUUGUCUGUUUAAAGUAGAGAGCUCGGAACAAUCUCCACAUAAUCAUUAUGAGAAAGUAACAUUAUCUGAGUUAGAGAAUCUGCUAAGCUUUCAAAUCCUGCCUUGCUGCCUGCCUGAUUUCCAUAAAUUGAAGGCAGUUGUAGGGGAUGCAGAGACUCUAGUUACUGAAAUACAACACGCCCUUUCAUCUUCCUCAACUAUUGGCACAUUACAAAUGCUAUACUCUAAGGCCACCAAUUUUCCAGUUAGUCUCCAAAUUGUUGAGAGAUUAUCCCUUGAAAUUUCAUCUGCAAAGAAUUGGUUGAAAAAUGCUCAUUUGUGCCUCAAGGAGAAAAGGCCUGAUGUUAUCAAUAUUGAUAUCCUAAACAAGAUAAAGUUGGAGAUGUUAGAGCUUCAUGUUAACUUUCCAGAAAUGGAUAUGCUUUCAAGAUUGUGUGAUGAGGUUGAAUCAUGGAGAAUCAGAUGUAAAGAUAUGUUGAGAGGUUACAUUAGAAUGAAGGAACUCAAAGAUUUCCUUGUGUCUACUGAUCAUCUGACGGUCAGCAUUCCAGAAUUGGAUCUGCUAAGGAAAUACAGCUCUGAUGCUCGAUCUUGGGUUUGCCAUCUCCAAGGUGUUCUGCAAAAUCUUGAUAAGCGAGAGGACUAUGGAAACAUUGUUAUAGAACUUUCAUGCAUUUUGAAGUCUGGCUACUUGUUGCAUGUGCAAGUUGAUGAGUUGCCUCUUGUUGUUGCUGAGCUAAAAAGGUCCAAGUGUAGAAAAAAUGCUUCAAAGGCACUUUCUACUCCUAUGCCUUUAGGUUUCCUUCAGCGUGUUUUAUAUGAAGCUUCUAAGUUAAAAAUUGAGAAUGAACAACUGUUUGUGAAUGUUUCUAAGAUGCUCACGGAAGCCAUUGCUUGGGAAGAAGGAGCUAAAGCUGCCCUUGAACAUGUAGCACACAUCUCUGUGUUUGAAAAGAUUUUAACGGAUUCUGAUGCAAUAUUAGUUGGUCUUCCAUCUCUUCCGAACAUCAGAGAUGCAGUGUCAAUGGCUAAGAUGUGGAUAAGUAGAUCUCUACUAUUUUUAAAACACACUCCAAAUGCGAAUACAUCACAACCUUUGCUUAGAGUUGAUGAUUUGAAGGAUUUGGUUGCUCAAACUAAACAUUUGAAAGUCACUAUGGUUGCUACUGACAAACUUCAGAGUAUUGUUGCAGAAGUUGAAGGAUGGGAGCAAGAUAGUUGUUGUUUAUUAGAAAAUGUCAAAUCCCUGUUUGACACAUGCCAUUCUAGUUCAACUAUUGACAAUCACCUUUCGACAAAGAUCGAGGAACUACUCAGAAAAAUUGAAUCUUCCAUAGAAGUUGGGGACCACUUGUGUUAUAAUUUUAAGGAUUUACCUAAUCUGAAAGUUGCAGCUGUGUCUUUGCGAUGGUGCUUGACAGCAAUCUCUUUCUGCUAUAGGAUUCCAUUGCUAAAGGAUGUUGAUAGAUUACUUGAUGAAGCAAACCAUCUUCCUGUAAUCUUCUUGGAUAGCCAUCUUGUGCAACUGUUGAAUGUGGGAGUUAACUGGCUUAGGAAGGCACUUUGCACACUCCCAGAACUUAACAGCACUAAAAGGUGCAAGUUGAAGGAUGUUGAACUUGUUUUAGAUGAAAUUCAGGAAGUUAUUGUUCCAUAUCCAAUGAUGGUUACUCAGAUUCAAAAUGCCAUCCGAAAGCAUGAGUCCUGGGUGGGGCAAGUUCAUGCUUAUUUUGCACUUCCAAAAGGACAGCCAUGGCCUUCAUUAUUGAAGCUGAAAAAGCAUGGUGAAGCUGCUGCUUUUAUGUGUUCUGAGCUUGAUAAAGUAGCUUCUGAAGUAGGAAAAGUUGAGAAUUGGUUGUCCCAGUGCCAUGCUAUUUUGGAGCCAGUAUUUGGUAACUUGGGCUCCUUAACUUCCAGGCUAGUGCAAAUCAAAGAUUCACUUGAUAGGGCUUUGCGUAUAUAUCAUGAUUCAAAGGGACAAGGAGCCAGAGGGUUCUGUGUCUGCUGCCCCAAUUAUGGAGGGAAUGAAGAAGUCUAUACUUGCCUCAUAUGCAAUGAUCAGUACCAUUUUUCAUGUGUUGGACCACCACUUGCUAAUGCUUCUAUGACAAACGAGUAUGCAUGUCCGUUUUGUGUUUAUGUUGAAAAUGGAGCUCUACCAAGAAAUGAAAGCCAAUUGUUGUUUUCCAAAGGAAAUCGACCUGAAGUCAAAUCGUUUUUUGAAUUGGUUUCAGCUGCUUCAGAUAUAUUUGCUAGGAUUGAAGAAUUGAAUUUGGUGGAAAGAAUUGUCGAACGGGCAUGCGAGUGCAAGUCCUUUUUGUCUGAAAUAGUGAAAUCUAUUACUUCUCACUAUGAAAACGAUCUCAGCUCUAUCUCUGAGAAUAUUCUGAUUCCUCUGAAGGCAAUAACUGUGACUGGGAUACAUGAUCCCCAAGGUUGCUGCAAUCUUGAGUCAGUAUUGACAAGAUAUUCUUGGAAAGUAAGAGUCCGGAAGCUUUUAGCAGGAUCAAAGAAACCUGUCCUUUCACAACUUCAGAGGGUUAUGAAAGAGGGUACAGCUAUGGGCAUAACAUCUGAGGAUCACCUCAUGAAGGAAAUUACAGAUAUGAAACAGAUAAGCCUGCAGUGGGUAGAUAUUGCCAAAAAGGUGGCUUCGGAUUCAGGGAAACUUGCACUUAGUGAGGUCUACAAGCUUAUAAUUCAAGGUGAAGAUUUGCCACUUCAUUUUGAAAAGGAAUUGAAGUUAUUGCGAGAAAGAACUUUGCUUUAUUGCAUCUGUCGGAUGCCUAAUGAUCAGAGAGCAAUGAUUGCAUGUGACCAAUGUGAUGAGUGGUACCAUUUUGAAUGCAUUAACUUGCAUGAACCUCCUCCUAAGACCUUUUACUGUCCUGCAUGUCAACCAACUAAUGGAGUAGCUGUAUCUCUUCCGUAUGUGAUAUGCAGUGAAGAGAGAUCAAACAAUGAAGCGGGCCCUAACACACCUGCCUGUCAUAGGGAAUCUAAACAUAUAGGUUCAAGAAUUAAUUAUGGACACUCACAGGAUGCGGUUGAGUUACUUGAUGUUUUAAGAUCUCAUAAUGGUAUUGAUCAGCUAUGGAGAGAAAAUAGAAGGCCUUUCCACAGAACCACUAGGAGACGUGCCUUCCCUAUUUACUUCGUAGGAAUGCAAUUGGAGAGGGAGGAGGCACAAAAGGGAAGGGAACGUGGAACAAUAGGAUGAGGGACGCUGGACGGGGUGAGAAGGCUGUUUACUUGACAGGAAGGACAAGUGGAGCCUUAAUUUUCCACUGGUCAGCCUCUUCUAAACUGCUUGCUGAAUAGUCGUUCCUGGCAAACCUGCACACAAUGCUCGUAUGACGCAAGAAAAAGACACUGCAUGAUCACGAGUGUAUCAACCGGACUUGGCCACUGUUAAACAGGUCUCCAUUUGACUGUGCCGUUAAAGUCAAGUUUCAAAUGAAAACUUUUCUAGAUAAUUGUUCAGGCUCCAUCACUGUAAGAAAGGGAUGGGACUAAAGGCACACUGUGAGCAGUCCUUUCUGUAGUGGUGCAUGCUGGAAUGGCUGGGGUGGGAGGUCCACUUGCACUUGGCCACGGAAACAUGGUGACAUCAGAUUGAUGUGAGCUUGGGGGGUGUGGGAUUUUGAACGCUACUUUGUGGUGCCCUUCGCUCCUAGCACCUCACAUGCCCCUGUCUGCCGAGAAGAAGACUUCGACUACCAAGUGCAUGCAAUUUCCACAUGAUUUGCAAGAUGUUUCCGUUGCAUGCGAACCAUGUAGACCCCUUAGCUUGUUUUAACCUUCAAAUUCCUUUUUGACCACGACUUCAAGUUUCAUUAUAUUUAUUGUUAUAAAUUUGUGAUGUGCUCCCCACACGAAGUAUUCUCCGAUUGUCUUGAAGCUAUGGGAAGGCAAUGUAAUUUAUUUAUUCAAUUUAAUGUAAUUUCACAGUUCAAGAUUUUCUCAAUAAAGAUUUUUUCAUUUCCUUUUUAAAAA